GGCCAUCAUCAGAGACCGCAAGCAAAGCUACAUCGCGACGACCGACACAGCAGCAGCAACGGCGGUUGUUGGUUCGCUGGACUUGUCCAUCCACUUCAUUCAGUCCCGUGAUUUCGAACGCGAAUGGUACGUUUCGUUUUGUUUCCUUCCAGUGUCGGUUGCUAAAAAAGAAUACUUUGAAAAUGUAAUUCAAAAAGACUCUAGAUCUGAAGUGUUGGUUGGUGUAAAAAAAAGCGGAACAAUAAUCUGCUAACUGACCCGGACAAAUUUGGAUUGGAAUUAAGCAAAAUUUGAAAAUUUGGCGGUUAGAGUGAAAAGUGAAAAUUACGUUCAGUUGACGAUUUGGGGAUAUGUUUAUGACUUGUGUUUGAUUUUUAAGUUGAUACUAUCCGGGCAGUGAAUCAACUGAUGAAUUUUUGGCACAGAAAAAAAAAACAAUAUGAAAAAGACUAAAUAAUAACUCAAUAAUAAAACAAAAAAGUCAAAAUGACAAACAAAUUCAACGAACUGACAAUGAAUCCGCUUAAAAACAUCUACUUCCUGAAACUAAGUGAAACAGUGAAUGAUCGCCGUUUCCACGUGGCAUCCCGAAUGACGACGACCCCCUCUCGCCUAACAUCCUAAGCAGCUUCGCGCGCGCAGUAUGCUAUUUGAAGCCGUCCAGAAUGGUGACCUAGAGAAGGUAACCGUCCUGCUGGACACCGGUGCCGAUGUCAACGAGCGGGACGAAAAAUUCUUCAACACCGCCCUACACCGGUCCAUCUUUGCCCAGCGCAAUCGGCCCGAGCUGAUCGAUCUGUUGAUUUCCCGAGGUGCCGACUGCAACGCUUUGAACAAGAAGUACCUUACGGCUUCAGAGUUGGCGCUGGAGAAGAAGCUCGAUGACCUGGCCAAACAUAUGAUCCUGAGGGAAACCGAGCACAUCGACAACCACCUGGCGUACUUUCUGUUGAUUCGGCGGGGCAACUUGCAGCUGUUGGAGUUUCUCAUCUCGAUCAAACGCCUCAAGUACGAGGACGAGAUUCUGAUCAUUGCCAAGGCGUAUGGUGAACUCAAGCUGAAGAAUGUUCCCCUGAAGGAGCACAUGGAAGCGUAUCUGAACGAGAUAUUGAUCAACCAUGACUAUUGGUUGAUCAACGGUGGCAGUGGUGGAAAGCAGCGAAAGCAGGAUCGCGUUCAGAAUGUUCAUCGGAUCAGGGAGAUUGUGGAUAACGUACGGGAGCUGGCCACAUCCUACGACAACUACAACCUGAUGGAUGUGGACAGCAUCUUCCUGCUGCGGUUGUCGUACAUUUUGGAGAACAUCUUCUUCAUUCGGAACCAGUACAAGGAGCUACCGUUGCAUCAUGUGGAGUUCUGCAUCGGCAUCUUCUUGCACAUUUGGAAAAAUCCUCCUCACUACGACAUCUACAGAACGAUGAUUGAUAAACGGCAACUGAUAAUCUACCUACAAGCCGUAGCCAACGAGUUAAAGAAGAUAAUCACCCUCCCCUCCUACAACUUGACUCCGUCUCCAAGUUCUACACCUUCAGCUACAUGCACCAUACCGAACUCAUGCUCCUCAACAGCAGCUCCAUCGCCCUCCGGAACAACCCACUUAUCACCAUCAAGAGCGCACACACGUUUCCGGUGGUCUACGGAGCUGAACCGUGAGCUGAUGUUCUGUUACUACGUGGUCACCGGUGGAGGCCAGAACCACGUAGGGUACAGAAAACGAUUGCACGAUCUGUGGUGCAACCGCCAAAACUCGUACGAAUUCCUCACCGAGCAGAAUCUCUUCAGUCAACUACGACGGAUACAACGAGACCGGUUGCUGCCGGACGAUACCUGUCGAAAGCUUCGAUCCGAAGCCAGUGAGUACGUGUUCGACUAUCACUGUUCACAAUCGCGUCCUUUGAAGAUCUCCGACAAAAAUAGGAAAGUUUUUCGAAAACUUGCAAAAAAUUACAAUCGAAUGAAAGAACUUCACUCGAUCAACCGAGCUCUGUGCUAUGUGAACUCAGUUAUUGAGAUGAAGUUCAACGCUAGCAAGGAGAUCGACGUGUUGGCUAUGAAAAGGGUCGUUCAGGUAUUGGGAGAAACGAUUAAGAAUAGUAAGGAUUCCCCGAACUUGAACAAACAUUUGACAAGCUUUUUGAGCAUUUUAGUUCCAAAAUACUUUUUCGGUGAUACGAAAGUACGCCACCACUUGUCACAUUGUUGUCGAGAUUUCUCGUCGUUCAUCAGUGGAAUUGAAGAAAAAGUAGAGUACAGUGAACUGCAUCGAAAUCUGAAGAUCAUCAGGGAUCUACUAAUGUACGUACAAAAUUUAGAAUACAUCCUAGCAAUUAAGGCCUUGAUGAAUCGCUUGUACGACAGCAAAUGCAUAGAAGAGGUCAAAUCCUACUAUGCCUAUCUGUUUCGUAACAACUCUAGGGAUUUUUUCAAAGAUCUUCAAUUUGCCCCCUUUCUUCUGCUGGAGAUCAAUUCGAUUGUUGACUCAAUUAUCCAGUGGCAAUGUGAUGCGGGAAUGAAACCGAACGAUCGCAUUCAAAAAGUCAAACUUUCCAUCCGAAAGGAAAUCGACAGUUACGAAACGCUGCACCAGCAGUUCAGCAAUGCGAUCCUCAUGAUCGAUUGCAUUGUGUCCAAGAUCAAAUCGAACCACAGUCACGAAAAGAUCCGCCACUUGGCUCGAUCACAUUUACGAUCGUUUCAGCUCGAUCGCAAGAUAAGUCUCAAUUUUCUGGAUCAACUGAAGGCGCAGUUAUUACUCUUCCUGCAUGGCGAUCUGGAAAGCAUCAACAAUGAAGAAACGCGAUCGAACUCGAUGCUUUUGGCACUAAGAGCCAUAUUCACUAUCGAUAACCACGAGGAGACUCCCGAUUCGAGAGAUGCUGAUCUUCUGAAAUCAUUUAAAAAAUCCUUCGUAGAUGACUGCAUGAUCAUGAUUGAUCGACUAGAAGCAAGAACCGGACAAUCGCUUAGCUUUCUACGCCAAGAUCCGACAUUUGAAAGAUCGAAAGAUCAUCCAAACAAACGAUACGAUCUGCUCCGGCAAUGUCUCACCAAGCACAACGUAUCUCUUGAUUUGUGCAUUUUGAACGAACUCAAACAGGAGGACAAUCGAUACGCAGAAGACAAAAUAAGACAAAUGCAAAGCUUGUUCCUGGAUCAGAAUAUGAACUUUCGAGUGUUGAAUCGGAUAGACGAAAUCGCCUUUGAAAUGAUCAUGUUGGAAGCCACUUGGGCGUUGUCCUCAAAAUUGCACAACAAUGCUGAGAGUUUGCUGAGCUUCGUCCCUGUCUUGACCGGUCGAAAUCUAAGGAACUACCUUUCACAUGGGAAUAUUAUCUAUGAAGUUUUCGUAUCCAACAUCAGUUUCAAAACUAUAUUGCAAAACGCCCUCAGUAUCAUCAAACUGUCCAAAAACAUUAUUUCUGAGAUCUACGAACGGCAUAGCUGGGAGUUCUCCGAUAGACUGGCGUGCUUGAAGCAUCAGGCGAAUGUCCUGAACGGUUUGAGGUAUCAGAACUCCGCUGAAAUAUGCGAUACGAUCAAACGCGAUCAGUAUCUGAUCGGGAAAGAUCAUUUGAACCACGGAAUUGCCGAUCACUUAGUACAAACGCAGAGUUGUCUCUUGCUGGGUCGCCUCCUGGAUCUGGGGAAUGAUCACGAUUUGCUGAAGAAUCUCUCUCAUCAAAUGGAUAACAUCAGUAUCAUUCCUGCCAGUGGAAAGUUUCACGAAAUAAUCGUAGACUCUGAGGCUCGAAUACGAUUCUGCCACAAUCUCGGGCUGUUAAGCAACGAGGAGGACAUCCUUCUUAAAGUUGUUACUGAUUUCGGCCAUGAACACAUCGAUGCGAUCCCCAUGAUCUUUAACUUUGACAAGCUGUUCACCAGCUUACUGGAGAAUCUUCCUGAUUAUGACGUCAAUGCUGACUCUAAUGCUGAGAUCCUUCACUAUGCGGUUCUUUCCGGAAAUGUAGAACUGCUGAAUCUACUACUGGAUCAAUGCAACGAUCUGAACCAGCGAGACGUGUAUAACCUGACCCCUUUAGACGUGGCAUGCAAGUUGAGCAACCUGGAGAUGAUAAAAACGCUGACCAACGCCGGAGCUAGGUGGUACAGCAACAACCUGAGUCAGUACACGUGGUUGUUCCUGAACAACGACCAUGAAGCGAUCAUCUUCCUUAAGAACAACGAUCUUCUGAACGAGAAGAUCACUCGCGCAUGUAUCAAUCUCUUUCUACAGUACUGCGAUGAUGACCAGGAAGAAAUCGUUGAGUUCAUGUUGAGCUGUGUGGAUUUCACGAGUCUCUACGUGGCGGCAGCCAGGUACCGAAGAAUUCACGUACUGAAGUAUAUGAUCGCCAAUGACGACCGGGUGAAGUAUAACGUCAAUCGAAUGGAUGACAGGGGACAAGCAGCAAUUCACGUGUGCUGUACCAGUGGGUACCGGGAGAUUGUUAAACUAAUGCUUUCCAAUUACGGAAAUGUCAAUUUACAAGACUCGGAGGGCAAUACUCCGUUGCAUCUAGCAGUUCGACGAGGUUGUACCGGAAUCGUCAAAUUGCUGCUUGAUCAUGACGCGAAAUCUGAUCUGGAGAACCAAAUGGGCAAAACUCCAUUAGAUUUAGCUGUGCAACUAGGAAAUGUUCGCAUUGUCAAGCUUCUACUCAAACACAAACAGUUCAAGCGGGCUGUUCAGAUACCGGGUUCGCUCAAAUCACUUGAAAUCCUGUAUCUGUUGAAAACCGCAAAUUUACAGUACAAAUUAGAGUCGGAUGGUGGCUGUAAUCCGCUAACUGUCCUCCAUCGUGUAAAAGAGGAAGGUCGGUUACGAGUUCUCUUACGCUACUUCUCAGUGGAUGUUCGAUGUUCAGAAUUCCAGGAUACACCACUUCACAUAGCAUGUUUGAUGAAUCGCAUCAAUAUUGUUCGUGUACUGCUCCAGAAUGGAGCCAAUACCAGCCUUACGAAUUGUGAUAACCUCAUACCACUCCACUUAGCAGUGAUAAACCGAAAUGUGGAGAUAGUGAAGCUAUUAACGGCCCAAACUCAGCAAAUGGACCAGCACCAUGUCAAUUCAGCUCUAUCGAUAGCAGUUCGGAAAGGCUUUCUGGAUAUUGCGAACAUACUGCUAGAAUGUGGCGCAGACAUUUCCGUAAUGUCAUGUGUAAUUAACCAUUCCGAGCAUUAUCUACUGCACUCAGCUGCUCGACAAGGCUUCCACAAAAUUCUACGCUUCCUCCUUCAGGAAAGAUUUUUCGGUGUAAAUGCAGAAGACUCCAGUGGUUUAACUCCUCUGUUCCACGCAGUCAUAAGUUCGAACAUCGAAACUACCGAAAUUCUCGUACAGUACGAAGCAAACGUAAAUCACACGACCAAAUUCGGCCAAAAUGUUCUGACCAUCGCCACCAUGUACGAUCGUCUCGACGUAGUGCGGUACUUUGUGAACAACUUUCCAAAAGUGAUCGAUUACGCUUUGAGCAUAACUGCACGUCAGAACAAUUGCCUUCACAUCGCAGUUCUUAAAGGAUCCCAUGAAAUGGUAAAGUACUUCAUCAAACUCCACUCUGACCAUGGCUACCACCUGAACGCACAAAACCAGGACGGCUUCACAGCACUUCAUAUAUGCGCUCAAACCGGCAAUGAGAGACUUUUCAUGAUCCUUCUAGAAAACGGAGCCGAUCCAGCGAUUCCCCUCGACAAUGGACAAUCGAUCUUGCAUACGGCCGUUUCGAACAAAAACCUGGACAUCGUUCGGAUCGUUCUGGAUCAGGCGUUGAUCGAUCGGAAUGCACUGGACGUUGACGGGCGAUCGAUUCUGCACUACUCCGUUUACUCGAAGGAGGUUUCCGUAGUGAGACAGAUUCUCAAGAUCCGUGGCUUGAAUGUCAAUCAGCAGGAUAGUGCGGGACUAAGUGCUCUUCAUUUAGCAGCAGAGUGCCAGUAUGUCGAUAUCUACAACCUUCUACGGAGGCGAGUGAAUAAUGAGCUUAGAAGCUACGAAGGUCGGAAACGUGCAAUCGAUAUUUUAUUGAGGAAGUAGGGCGCAGAUGUUAGGGAAGUGUUUUGCACAGAAAUCCCAUGUCUUCGAGAAUUGAACUGUUGUUUUUUAUGUCCACAGAAAAUCUAUAGAACACGUGAUAUAGUAGCACUUGCACUAGAAAGUGUCAUGUGAAUCUGUGUAAAAUAAUAUUGUAGUAGAUGUGGUGUAAUACUUGAAACGUCUCGUAACAUAUGAUCGGGAUAAAGUACGUACUAUUCUGCAGAUGUUGUCGAAUGAGUAAUACAGAAAAUGUCAUCGGGACGUUGUUAUAGACUUCGUAGACUCUUUUUGGCAAUCUCUGAUCAAACCAAGGAAGAGAGCGGCGGGGGACUCGUAGACUUUUGUCCAUACAAAAAUUUGGAAAUUUGUAUGGAUCGAAAACUUUGGACAGCUCCCUCCCCCUACCUCCUUGGAAUCUACGUAGUUUCUGUACGGGCUCUGAUCUCAAACAGUCAUGACUUUAUGGACGACUCGCUGGACGGUUUUACCGAACUAUCGCAGACAGCUGUCUGCGCCUUUGUACUAUACCGCCUUCGUUCUCCUUGACUAUUAGCUACACAAGCGAGACUGGCUCUAUUGGCUGAACUUCUGCAGUGAAAAAAAGCCUGGUCUGCAUCCUUUAUAACAAAAUCACUACACUUUGCUGUUCGGUCAAAACAAGCGGAAAUCAAAACCGGUUCGCAGCAUUUUCCUUUUUUCUGUCAUCGGCUAGACCAAAACACUCACCACUCUCCUAUCACUGCGUUCAACUGUUAAGUUGUGUUGCAAUCGCGGCCUAUUUUUAUUUAUCUCGCCAAUUAAAUAGACGAUAAUAAAUUUAUUCUUUACGAUCACUACAGAUUUUGAUUAAUCUAAAUGGAAAAACAAACAGAUGAAUAUUUUGCCAACACACAGUUGUGAUUUAAAUAUCAAAACAAACGGCAUAUGGUGACAGAAAACAUACUACGGGAAAAACACUCAGAUGUAGGUAAACUACACACAGCGAGAAAGUUAGCCCUUGAUGAUCACACUAAAAUGAAAGCAUUAAAUAGUUCUGAAACAAGUUCAUGUUAUUACUUUUUUUACUAAUAUUGGAAAAUUUGUCAUUGUUAUUAUUUUGAGGUUAUAGCCCAGUUGAAAUCGCUCAAGGAACUUCAUUUCAACUCAAGGAUUCCAUUCUUUAACAUUGACAGUUAUCCAACUGCCUGGCAACUUGUCCAGUUCAAAUUUUAAGGUCAUUAAACAUCAAUCGAUGGUAUUUGAAUGUUAAUUGACGUUAUAGGUAACCACUGUACUCAUUUGACAGGUCUGCAAGAUGUACGUGUAAUUGUAUAUUGUCCAACCAGACGUUAAAUCAUAUAUAUUUACUAUUUUAUGUAACUAAUUCAAACUAAAAGUUACGAAUACACCAUUUCGAUUAAAAACUUGAACGAGUAAAGUGUUGCUAGAUUUAGUACGCAGCAGCCAUUUAUAGUGGUCCUUCGAAAACGGGAAGGAGCAACAUCUGUCACUCGAUACGGCGCAAUAGUACAUAAGACAUCAACAAUAGAUAUAUUUAUAUAUGGGAAAUGUAUAAAUAUAACCGGAUACAAUUAUUUGUGCAGCAAACGCACCAUUCACCCAACAAAUAAUAUACAAAAUCUCUGGAAAAUCGUGCAACACUUCGAUUUUAUGCCAAUUUGGUUUCAAAAUUUCUCAAUAUGAACAGUCAAUAUCUUAAAGAUGGGUCUAUGAGGUAAUCUAAACUCAUAGACUCAUCUUUAUUAACACAACCAGAUGUAUCUAUAAGUUAUCUUACAACAAUUUUGUUACACAAACUGCAAUAACCAAAUAUAUAUAAUCAAUGGAGUUAUAUAUAUCCACCAGAUAAUACAACCACAAUAACACAACUAUUGAAUGACAGAUGUUGCAUAUUACCCCGUCUCAAGCAUAAGUCAUCUGCCUAGCUGGCCAUAAAUAAGAAAUCUAUUAACAAACUCAUUCAUAGAAAAUCGUGAAAAGAACGAAGCUUAAGCAAAGAACCUCACUCUAACUGAAGAAAAUCGUCGAUCAUUACAUCAACUGACAAUUUCACGUCAUGUUACAUUAUAGAAACAAGCUAGUCAAUAAUCAAUUUACAAAAUACCACUGAGUUGUGACAUUAGGAACGACACUACUAGCGAACGAUUAUACACAAACCCGAAGAGUCUUGAUUUCAUAACCUUCGUCAAAAAUUGCACCUUAGGGCCGAUUUCUUCACCCUGGCUUAAGAGUUAAACCAGGUUUAACUAUAUGGGUAAGCCUGGCUUACCGGUUAAGCCGAGGUGAAGAAAUCGGCCCUUAAUGAGGUUAUGAAAUCAAUUGCAACGCACAUUUGUGAAACGAAUGAAAUAACAAGUAGGUUCACCCUAAAGUCAACUCACCCAUGAAAUCCAAAGAAAAAAAAAUCGCAUUUUAAAUUUAAACAACUCAACUCAGAAACAAACUGUAAGGAAAGAGCAUCUGCAAAAGAAAAAAACUAGAAAACAGAAGAAGAAGAAUCUGUUCCGCGCACAGAUAAAGAAAUCCAAAUUCAUAUUCUUGUUAUAGAAAUUUUCGUUACUAACAUAUAUUUGUGUAUUAAGAAGAAUAUCGACCUAUACUUUAACUACAAUAAAAAAUAUAAAUAAGAAAAUCGUAAACAGCAAAACAACAUCGACACAAUCACGUUCACGGACAAAAUUUUAACCAGCAAAUCUAGGCAUUUCGCAAACAGAAAGAAAAAUUGUAGAUUACGUUUAGACAAAAAAUAAUGAAAUGCGGUGUUUUCUGAUAAAUAAAAAGUUAGUUUUCGUUUACAUCUGACAGUGAUUAAGAUCAAUAAAACAACAU